AUGCAUCGUAAUGUCGAAACGCCGUACAAAAGAUAUGUCAAAAGACCUUGGUGGGGAAGGGUGUGCGCUCAUGGUCGUAAAUGGUAUUUAUUGGCAUCAGAGAUAAAACAGCCGUGUACCUUCCCUCGUCUAUUCCCACCGAUGCUUGCAGUUGCAUUUCUUAUCAUAGUUGGGAAAGUAGUCGCCCAGACAAGGCCAGGAUACCAGUUUCGUGCCUGCGACCCUGUUCAACUACAAAGAUGUCAGGCAGUCUUCAAUGAUGACCUCGGCAUUGACGCCACUCUUGGUGUGAAAACCUAUGAAGACCUAAGAGCUGCUAUCGAGAACAAGCUGGGAGUGUCAAAGGCUGAUGGACUGGCGAAAGUCUGCAUGUCUUUCAAAUACUAUAAGACCUGUUUUGCCAACCGUGAUGACUACUCUAACUGUGCCAACAAUCCUCUCGGACUACUAGUGGAUCAAAAUGGAACAGCCACUGGAAUAACGGAGUACCAAGCACUCGGAUAUACGAAAAUCUUCAAUCAAUUCGAUUUUUCUUGCGGCGCUGGUUUCACUGAGUUUGCCAACAACGACGAUUGUGCGGCGAGUGUAUUUCUCAAUGGCGUCGCCGAUAUGAGGACAUGCGACAAAAACUUUGCUGCUUCCAUUGCAAAGGACCCAAAUGUUAUGAAUAGAUGCGCAUACCUGGAAGUGGCCAAGGAAUGUUACAUGUCAGCGUUCAGUAAGCGCUGCUCGCAAUAUCCUGAAGUGGUUUGGUGGGGAUGCAACUAUGAGCGAGCCGGGGAACAAAGCAACUUUCCCCAAUGUAACCAAAUCUUUUGCACAUAUACUGAUCGUGGUGGCAAUUAA